CUCCCAGCAUCCUCCUGUAGUGCGCAGGCGCAGUGCAGUGGUCAGAACGCGCAUCGUAAACCAUCUCAAAACUUUACUGCAGCGGCGAUCCUCGGAGGGGAAGUAGGCUGCUGAUAUGGCGGAUCCGGCGGCACAGAGCUCCGCGCAGCCCCGGCUUCAGCAAGCACAGUCCAGCGGCCCGACAGGAUCCACCCCAAACCCCGGAGCCGCGAGCAGCGACCCUGCCCGACCAGGCCUGAGUCAGCAGCAGUGGUCCAGCCAGAAGAAAGCCCAAGUCCGCUCGUUUCCGCGGGCUAAAAAGCUGGAGAAACUCGGAGUGUUUUCCUCCUGCAAGGCUAAUGAUGCUUGCAAAUGUAAUGGAUGGAAAAACCCCAAUCCACCAACAGCCGCUCGUAUGGAGCUCCAGCAGCAGGCAGCCAGUCUGACGGAGGCCUGUCGGAGCUGUGGACACUCUCUGGCGGAACAUGUGUCUCAUCUGGAGAACGUGUCUGAGGAGGAGAUUAACCGCUUGUUGGGGAUGGUGGUCGACGUGGAGAAUCUCUUCAUGUCUGUCCACAAAGAAGAAGACACAGACACCAAGCAAGUCUACUUUUAUCUGUUCAAGUUGCUGAGGAAGUGCAUUCUGCAGAUGGGGAAGCCAGUGGUGGAAGGCUCUCUCGGUAGCCCUCCCUUUGAAAAACCCAACAUAGAACAAGGGGUGCUGAAUUUUGUCCAGUAUAAGUUCAGUCAUUUGGCUUCUAAGGAGAGGCAGACCAUGUAUGAGCUGAGUAAGAUGUUUCUGCUCUGUCUGAACUACUGGAAGCUGGAGACCCCAUCACAGUUUCGUCAGAGGGCCCAGAAAGAGGAUGCGGCCGCCUACAAAGUCGAUUAUACUAGGUGGCUGUGUUACUGUCACGUUCCUCAGAGUAAUGACAGCUUGCCCCGGUACGAGACCUGUCAGGUGUUCGGCCGCAGUCUGCUGAAGUCUAUCUUCACUGUCACCCGCAGACAGUUACUGGAGAAGUUCAGAGUGGAGAAAGACAAACUCCCGCCAGAGAAACGCACUCUGAUCCUCACACACUUCCCCAAGUUUCUUUCCAUGUUGGAAGAAGAAAUCUAUGGAGAGAACUCCCCCAUUUGGGAAGCAGACUUCACCAUGCCAGCCUCAGAGGGGACACAGCUAGGGCAUCAAACAGUGCUGAGUCCAGUCUCGGUGUCUGGCUCUCCUCUUAGUAAAGGCAGCAGUGGCCCUGCUCUGGGUGUUACAGGUUUGGACAUGGCUUGCUCUGAACCAGUAACUAGAGAGAAGCGAAAGCUUCCUGAGGCACUGACUCUGGAGGAUGCCAAGCGGAUCCGAGUUAUGGGUGACAUCCCCAUGGAACUGGUCAAUGAAGUCAUGAAGACCAUUACAGACCCUGCUGCCAUGCUGGGGCCAGAGACUAGCCUGCUGUCAGCAAACGCAGCUCGUGACGAGACGGCUCGUCUGGAGGAGAGGAGAGGCAUCAUUGAGUUCCAUGUCAUUGGUAACUCUCUCUCUCAGAAGUCCAAUAAGAAGAUUCUAAUGUGGCUCGUGGGCCUGCAAAAUGUUUUCUCCCAUCAACUUCCCCGCAUGCCCAAAGAGUACAUCACACGUCUUGUGUUUGACCCGAAGCACAAGACGUUGGCUCUGAUUAAAGAUGGUCGUGUGAUUGGAGGGAUCUGCUUCAGGAUGUUCCCCACUCAGGGAUUCACAGAGAUCGUCUUCUGUGCGGUCACCUCAAACGAGCAGGUCAAGGGCUACGGCACACACCUGAUGAAUCAUCUUAAGGAGUACCAUAUCAAGCACAGCAUUCUGUACUUCCUCACCUAUGCUGACGAAUACGCCAUCGGCUACUUCAAGAAACAGGGCUUCUCCAAAGAAAUCAAAGUGCCGAAGAGCCGAUACCUUGGCUACAUCAAAGACUAUGAGGGAGCCACGCUGAUGGAGUGCGAGCUCAAUCCCAGAAUACCCUACACUGAACUCUCACACAUUAUAAAGAGGCAGAAAGAGAUCAUCAAGAAACUGAUUGAGAGGAAACAGAAUCAGAUCAGGAAAGUGUACCCAGGUCUCACCUGCUUUAAAGAGGGAGUGCGGCAGAUUCCUGUGGAGAGUUUACCAGGCAUCAGAGAGACUGGUUGGAAACCUAGUGCCAAGGAGAAGAGCAAAGAGCUGAAAGAUCCAGAUCUGCUCUACAACAUGCUAAAGAAUCUACUCGCACAGAUUAAAACGCAUCCAGACGCCUGGCCUUUCAUGGAGCCAGUGAAGAAAUCCGAAGCUCCAGACUAUUAUGAGGUCAUCCGCUUCCCCAUUGACUUUAAAUCGAUGACGGAGCGUCUGAAGAACCGGUAUUAUGUGACAAAAAAGCUGUUUAUCGCCGACCUGCAUAGAGUAAUCACCAACUGCAGAGAGUACAACCCUCCAGACAGCGAGUACUGCAAGUGUGCCAACACACUGGAGAAGUUUUUCUACUUCAAACUGAAAGAGGCCGGGCUCAUUGACAAGUAAAAGGCAUCUAGCCUAGGACAAGGGACCAGCUAGUUACUAUAGAGUGUGAUCACAUACACGUUUAAUUUGGAUGAGUGACAUGCAAACUUGUCAAAAGU